AUGCUCGCGUCAAGACUUUCGAGGGCUCUUCCCAGGGCAACCCCGAGGGCAACGGGCUUCCUCAGGGCGAAGCCGUUCACACCCGCCUUUGCCAGGUAUGAGUCUACUGAUGAGAAGGUCAAGGGAGCCGUGAUCGGUAUCGAUCUCGGAACCACAAACUCUGCUGUCGCCAUCAUGGAGGGCAAGACCCCUAAGAUUAUCGAGAACUCAGAAGGUGCUCGCACAACCCCUUCAGUCGUCGCCUUCACGGCCGACGGCGAGAGGUUAGUCGGUGUUGCCGCCAAGCGUCAGGCCGUCGUCAACCCCGAAAACACUCUUUUUGCCACCAAGCGUCUCAUUGGUCGCAAGUUCAAGGACGCCGAGGUCCAGCGUGACAUCAAGGAGGUUCCAUACAAGAUCAUCCAACACACCAACGGCGAUGCCUGGGUUGAGGCUCGCGGCCAGAAAUACUCGCCAUCCCAGAUUGGUGGUUUCGUCCUGGGCAAGAUGAAGGAGACUGCCGAGGCCUACCUCAGCAAGACGGUCAAGAACGCCGUCGUCACCGUUCCCGCAUACUUCAACGACUCCCAGCGUCAAGCCACCAAGGAUGCCGGUCAGAUUGCUGGUCUUAACGUUCUCCGUGUCGUGAACGAGCCUACUGCUGCUGCCCUUGCUUAUGGUCUGGAGAAGGAAGCUGACCGUGUCGUGGCCGUCUACGAUCUUGGUGGUGGUACCUUCGAUAUCUCGGUUCUCGAGAUUCAGAACGGCGUUUUCGAGGUCAAGUCCACCAACGGUGACACCCACCUGGGUGGUGAGGACUUUGACAUCCACCUUGUCCGCCACAUCACCUCCGAGUUCAAGAAGGAGUCGGGUCUUGACCUGUCUGGCGACCGCAUGGCUGUCCAGCGUAUCCGUGAGGCUGCUGAGAAGGCCAAGAUUGAGCUGUCCUCUUCGCUGUCUACUGACAUCAACUUGCCCUUCAUCACUGCCGAUGCUUCUGGACCCAAGCACAUCAACAUGAAGAUGACCCGUGCUCAGCUCGAGAAGAUGAUGGACCCUCUUAUCACCCGCACCAUUGAGCCCGUCCGCAAGGCCCUCAAGGAUGCUGGUCUGCAGGCCAAGGACAUCCAGGAGGUCAUCCUGGUUGGUGGUAUGACCCGCAUGCCCAAGGUCGCCGAGUCCGUCAAGGGCAUCUUCGGUCGCGAGCCCGCCAAGUCGGUCAACCCUGAUGAGGCUGUCGCCAUGGGCGCUGCCGUCCAAGGUGCCGUUCUCUCUGGCGAGGUCAAGGACCUUCUUCUCCUUGACGUCACCCCCCUAUCGCUCGGUAUCGAGACUCUGGGUGGUGUCUUCACUCGCCUGAUCAACCGCAACACCACCAUUCCCACCAAGAAGUCGCAGGUCUUUUCUACUGCCGCUGACUUCCAGACUGCUGUCGAGAUCAAGGUCUACCAGGGUGAGCGUGAGCUUGUGAAGGACAACAAGCUACUCGGCAACUUCCAGCUGGUCGGCAUCCCUCCUGCCCACCGUGGCGUUCCUCAAAUCGAGGUUACCUUCGACAUUGACGCCGACUCUAUCGUCCACGUCCACGCCAAGGACAAGUCGACAAACAAGGACCAGUCCAUCACUAUUGCCUCGGGAUCAGGUCUGUCUGACAGCGAGAUCCAGCAGAUGGUUGAGGACUCGGAGAAGUACGCCGAGCAGGACAAGGAGCGCAAGGCCACUAUCGAGGCUGCCAACAAGGCUGACAGUGUCCUGAAUGACACUGAGAAGGCCCUCAACGACCACUCCGACAAGCUCGACAAGGCCGAGGUUGACACUCUCCGUGAGAAGAUCGCCUCCCUUCGCGAGUUCGUCUCCCAGAACCAGUCUGGCGAGGGCACCGCCACCGCUGCUGAGCUCAAGGAGAAGACCGACGAGCUCCAGAACGCCAGCUUGAACCUCUUCGACAAGAUGCACAAGGCCCGUGAGGCCGAUGCCAACAAGACCGAGGAGCCUGCUGAGGGUGAGAAGAAGGACGAGACCAAGCCCUAA